AUGGCAAGCACAGAAAUCAAAGGGUCAUACACUGCUACAGGAGAGGUAAAUUUUGAAACAACGCUCACUGCCACAACGCUCAUACAGCUAGCAGUGACAGCAGGGGUACUUCUUAUUUUCUCCCUAUUCAAGUAUUUACUCCCAAUGGUAUUUUGUCCGUUCUACAUGCGGCGGCAAAGGAAAUUUAGCAUAUGGUUUCUAGACGUAUUUUGCCAGCCCAUUUCGCAAUACGCUAGAUGUGGAAAUGUGGCUGCCAUAUUUGUUUUGUAUCAGACUAUGGUGAUUUCCUUAUUCGGUAUCAUGUCUCUCUUUGGCUUAACAAUCCUCAUACCUGUCUAUGUGGUGGGCGUAGACCAAGACUUUAACACAGACUAUCGUACAGGCUGGUCGAAGAUGUCUCUUACACACGUGGAAGCAGGCUCCUAUGCCAUUUUAGUUCCGACGGUCGUUGCGACAAUCUACACAUUCAUGAUGAUGGAGUUCUAUGAUCAGUUCCACAUCGUGUAUAUCUAUUUCCGUCAACGUGCUCUACGUCGCUCGGCACCACAGAACUUCGUUGUCAUGCUGGAUCAGCUCCCCUCAGGCAUAAGAACAUAUGGAGACCUUGCUAAGUCUCUUGAAGGCGUCUUUCAGCAGGGUGUCAUACGCUAUAUAAUUCCCGUUCCCGAGCAUUCUCUGAGCUUAACGUUCAAAUACAAGAAGCUGCUAAAGCUAAUUCUAAAUCAGCAUAAGACAGAUCGGUUGGUGAAUUACUAUGUAACGGAAUUGGAGGCCUACAUGAACAAAAUAGGAUUGCACGGACUUACAUUGGCCGAAAUAGACGAUCCGACCGUGAAACAGCGUGUCCAGAAGAUGCAGAAUAAGAUAUCUAAGUCGCAAAUGGCACUGAUUCCUUUUAAGACUAAAUCACGUCAACUAAAGUUAGAAAUACUGGCGUAUGCCCAUGAAAUGAAUAUUGACCUCUCCCACCUUAUCGGAAUCAAGCAUCUACCGCCGCCAAUGCCUGCCAAUGUUACAUCUUUCAACAAGCUUACUACAUGUACGCGGAUGACUGCUGAAGACGUUAUUGCAGAACGGGAUAACUUUGACAUCGAACUUAAUCUACCUAGCAUUCAGACUCUUUCACGAGUGGGCUCCAACCUUACUGCCUUUCAAGGCCCUAGCAGGACUAUGUUAACCAGGGAUGAAGAGUCUCAAGAUAGAAGCAUUCCAGAGUCCAGUGACAGAUCUGUUUCACAAUUUAACAAUAUAUAUGCGUCACUACCUACCUCAACGAUGCAGCUCUCUAAUCCUUCUAAUGUGUUGAUCUCUCCAAAGAUUUCGCACGACCUGCGUGUCAACAAUUUAAUUGGCCCACUGAUAGGCAUGGGUUCAGUUGAUGGAAUUCCAAGCGCUCCUCGAGUCGUCUCAGCAGGCAGGCAAGCUACCGAACCAUUUCAUCUCAGUACAAUCUAUAGUGCACAAGAAGGAAGCUUUCGUGAGGCAGAAAGCGUGUCUGCAGGAGCCACGAUGAAACCAGCUAGCUCUUCUAGCAGAACAGAGUAUGCGUUAUCCACACAACGACCCAUCAGUGCAGAAGAGCGAUAUCGGGAGCAGCAGGCAACAUUAGGCGAGGUCUCCACGAGGAGCUUAAGGCCAGUGCUUACAAAGUAUCUCCUGGGUAUACCCAAGAGUGUUGCAGAGGUAAUAAGAACCACGUUUCCUGACCACGGGCUCGGGAAAAUAGAUGCUGCUACAAUAAAAAGCAAGACACGGCAGCAGCACAGGGCCCACAUCGAUACUCCGAUCGGCCGGACCGCAUUUGUGGUUUUCAACUCACAGAUCGAAGCGACCCUUUGCUCUAAUUCGCUACUUUAUAUGAACGCAACCGAGCCAAAGGUCGGAUCUGCACCAGAGUAUAAUCAAAUAAUCUGGGGGAACACAGCAUACUCAAAGAGGUUUAGAUUAGUGAUGCGCUCAAUUUUCCUAGUUCUUCUCCUAUCUCUUUUCAUUGGCUACUUUGUUCCUCAGACAUAUAUCUUAAACUUGGUUGCAAAUAACAGUGAGCAAUGGUUUAAUUCUUUCUAUAUUAGAAUGUGUAAGCCAGGCCAAGGGCGCUACAAGUGUGCUCAGACGGUCUCUCUCACAAAAGGAACUGUAAGCGACGUUGGGGGAGUUGUCUGUUACAUUUGCUAUAAAACAGCGUCUAUGAGCAUUACCCUUCUUCCUGUCAUAGUCCAAGUUAUCUUUAUGGCCCUCCUGCCCUUAGUUAUAAAGUACCUUUCUAUGCUUGCCUUUUGCACUAGCAACACAGAAAAAGCCAAUCUCGAAUACAGAAUUAACUUUCUUUUUCUCAUUUUUAUUGUAGGAAUAAUUCAGAUCAUGCUGACCUCCACCUUCAACGAGUAUGGAACUAUAGAUUUUGAACAGCUAACAGGCCUAACGUUGAACGGACUGGUGGCCAAUAUUGGCCGCAAUUUUCCUGCACAAAUCUUUACAUUUAUUAACUACUUAAUUACCAAGUAUUUCCUUUUCUCUGUCCUCACGCUUCUACGGAUUCCCGAUUUGCUGCUGGGUCUGCUCAAGCUUAUGAUUACCAAAGACCCUAUCGCUAAGAGGCGAAUAGCUUACUACACAGGAUUUCCUUACCUUAAACAAUUAGCAUAUGGCUCUCACAUGACGGUGAUAGGCUUUAUGUACUCAAUCGUCGCACCUAUAUCCACGGUGUUUGUCUUUAUCAUUUACACCGUGUUUUCAAUAGUCAACCGCUUUAAUAUUCUCUAUGUGUAUAGACCUCUCUCAGAUUCCGAGAUGUCCGCUGCCACAGACAUUAUUAAGUAUGUUAGCGGAGAUACUUAUUUGGGAUUUUUGCUAAUGAUGAUAGCGACGAUUGCAUUUCUUAUCGUUCUCAACGAAACCAUCACGCUUGUCUGUGCGUACUUCCUCGCGACAAUCAUGAUCAUCGCGAUAAUAAGAAAGGUGUACGUUGACUCUAAAUUUAAGCGCGCUAUGAUGUCGAUGCACUUGAGCGAUUGGGGCGCCAAGACCAUGUGCAAGAUAAAUCCAUAUCGUGAGAAGCGCAAUCCCAUUGAAGCUGACGAUGGAAUAGUAACAUACGGGGAGGAGAAACACCUUAAUGACCUCCUGGGCGCAAACGGUGCCGAUCAGUGGGACAGGUACAAGGCAGACAUAACCAGCAUGGAAGUGGUUGAUCAAACGCGACAAAAGCUCUCAAAAAUAUUUACUGAGAGAAUGAGAAUCAAACCAAACAUUAACAUGAAUCACUUACAGAAGAAUGAACUGACCGCCGCGCCCCUCAACCUGGCAGAACCACCUGUAUCAUACAUGAGACGUACCUCAAUUAUUUUCGAAGAUUUCCAGUGUGAGAUUGCUAACGAACUGUCUAUCAAGAACCAUGAACUCACAGAUGACGAAGUAAGGGCUAUUGCCGCGAUGUACACCCAUCCAGCUUUUGCCCUCUCAUAUGUUUACGGGCCGAAUAGGCCUGACGAAGACAUACGUUAA